AUGGGCAUCAAUAGCUUUCUUCGUCAGCUCAACGACGCUGUUGAUAGGACUCAUCUCAAAGAGUUUGCUGGCCAGACGCUUCUAGUUGAUGCGCUCUCUUGGCUGCAUAAAGCCUGCUACGGCUGUGCCUACGAGCUCUCGAUCGGCAGAGAUACUGAUAAGUACAUCCAAUACAUGUUGCGCAAAGUAGAUAUGCUACGUAGUUAUGGUGUGGCCGAAGUCAUUCUUGUCUUCGAUGGUCAGCGGCUGCCACUAAAGUCGUCAACGCAAGAAAAGAGACAAACAUACAAAGAGGAGAAUCGUAAGCGUGCGCUGCAAGCAAUGGCUGACUCGAAGAGGCUCCAAGGCAGUGAGCGUGAGGAUGAACUUCAUAAAGCAUAUCAGUUAUUUCAGAGGUCGGUCAAUAUUUCUCCAGCGAUAAUAUUUAAUGUGAUGAACGCGUUGCGUGCUGCUCAAAUUCCGUUCGUAGUGGCGCCACUUGAGGCUGAUGCCCAGAUGGCAUGGAUGUGCAAGGAAAAAUUGGCAGCCGGUAUUGUGACGGAAGACUCGGAUGUCGUGGUGUAUUGCCUCACUGCCAACGUCUGCAGUCCAGUGCUUGUCAAGCUGGAAGAAAAUGGCUAUGUUCAGGCGGUGUCGCGCCUUAUCCUCCAUAAGAACUCAGCAAAGGCUUCUUCAAACGCUUUGAUGAGAAAAAUUCAUUAUCUAACAUCAGGAGAAAAAGAAGCCACACGCAUGUUCGUCCAAGUGUGUGUUUUAGCUGGAUGUGAUUUUCUAGAUUCCCUUCCAAACAUAGGAUUUGCUACAGCUGUCAAACACAUAUAUAACUUUCGUGGGGCUCCCGCCUCUUUGCGCGUCCAUCGAUUAGUGAGUAAACUCUCAAGCUCCGGCACGAAAAUCCCAACUGGAUUUAUGCAGCAAUUUCUGAAUGCGGAGGCUAUCUUUUAUCACCAUAUUGUCUUUAAUUCAACUGCACGGAGCUGCGACUUUUUGGUCAAUAUGGGUCAUGAAAACUGCUUUCCUGAUAUUCUGCAGCGCGCUAAGGAAUCACUUUGUAUCGCUUCGCAAGAGCGAGCACUGCCGUUGGUCGCUGAACCAGAUAAUUUACAUUCUGUUGUAAAUUCGACAAAAAGUUUUCUUGGUCAAAUACGUUCGCGUGAGGUCGUGGAACAGAUUUACAAGGGUGAGGUGUGCGCUCGAACUUUAUGCAGUCUCGUAAAGGAUACAACAAUUUUACAGAAUUUGCAGUUCGAUGAAGCUCCACCUGAACAUCAAAAACCAUUGAACACACGUUUAAAUGGCAAGGAAACCCCGAUUGAUAUAUCAAAGACUAAACAUAGGAUAUCUAUAACAAAACAAAUGGCUAAUAAGUCUUCUCCAGUAGGGAAGGCUGAACAGAUUGCGUACAAGAAACGCUUGCAGGCGAAAGAGUGCACAGUAUCGAUUCAAGGCCUAAAAAAUGCCUACAGGUCCGCUGCACAAACUAAAGAAUUUUCCAAAGUCGACGAUUGGCAUAGGAAAAAUGAAAAAAGGAUUGGCAUACUGUCACGAACGUCAGCUGUAUCAAAGUUAACUUCAGUCACUGCAACCCCAUUUAAUGAUCUCGUCAUGGAGUGUUCGCAUUCCGUAAAAGCACCAAUAUCUACUGAUGGGAUCGCUUCAAAGAUUGUGCAAAGUCCCAGGUCCAAAAAGAGACCACGUUCAUCAUCGAAAUUUGCUGCUAUCUGUGAAUCUCGAACGCUUAAGAAAACGGCUUUAAUUGGUAAAAAGACACUGUUCGAUUUCUUUCGCAAAGUUGAGGAUAAGUGCUAA